AUAUGUUUUUUGUAACUCGAACACAUAGCAUUGUUGCAGUCGGAAAAAAGAGAAAUCGGAGCGCUCCAGUUUUUAGUCAACAAAAAUUAAAUUAAAUAAAAAAGAAAGCAAGUCCACAAAUAAUGUUGCGUUCUUUAUUGACCAAGUUGCCACGCAACUUAAGUACUACCGGCUAUGCGGUUUCCAAUACAGGGGGUGCGGCCUUGAACCGUCGAUAUAUUUCUACCAGUGAAAACGUACAAAAGUCUGAUAAUAACCGAACAAGUGAUCCUGAUCGUAUAGGAGGACUGCCAUUGGAUGUAAUAAACAAACGCAAGUGGCAGAAAUCUUCAAGAACAUUAUCAACGCUACAAAAUCAUUCGGUCCCAGCAGCAUCUCGUACUACAGUGUCAGCAGAUGAAAAUCGAGACUUUAUGGCUGUAUUUCCAGAUAUUGUGCGAGACUUGAAAGAAAUCACCGACAAAUAUAAUCCCGCAGAAAUUUCGUCAUGGUUUGAACGGUCGUUAAAAUAUAAUAUACCCCAUGGCAAACUAAAUCGUGGCCUACUUACUGUUCUAACAUAUAAAAAUCUGGUCCCAGCCAAGGAGCUAACGCCGGAGAAUGUUAAAUUGGCCCAAAUUCUAGGUUGGUGUGUGGAAAUUUUGCAUGCCUUCUUUUUGGUCAACGAUGAUGUUAUGGACAAUAGCUCGACGCGUCGAGGACAAACCUGCUGGCAUAAAAUGCCCGAUGUUGGUCUAAUCGCACUCAAUGAUGCUCUAAUGAUGGAAAAUGCCCUUUAUGCAUUGCUCAAAAAGUACUUUAGAACUGCCGAUUGUUAUGUGGACCUCAUGGAAUUGUUCCAUGAAAUAACAUACAUCACUGCCUGCGGUCAAUGUUUAGAUUUGCUAAAUGCCAACAAUGAUGUUUUAUCAUUUUCCAUGGAGAAGUAUAAUGCCACGGUAGCAAACAAGACUGCUUAUUAUACCUUCUAUUUGCCUUUUGCUUUGGCUAUGCACUUAGCUGGCAUCAAGGAUCAGGAAGCUUUUCGGCAAUCCAAGACUAUUUUACUAGAAAUGGGUCAUUUCUUUCAAGUUCAAGAUGAUUUUUUGGAUUGCUUUGGUAAUCCCAAAAUAACAGGCAAAAUUGGUACUGACAUACAGGAUAACAAAUGCUCCUGGUUGGCGGUGGUUUGCAUGCAAAGGGCUAGUGAUGAGCAGAAACAAAUCAUGAGGGAUUGUUAUGGAAGAAAUGAUGCUGAGAAAGCGGAAAUUGUAAAGGAGCUAUACAAAAGUCUAGGUCUUCCCAAUACAUAUGCCAUCUACGAAGAGGAAUCCUACAAUAUGAUUAAAACUCACAUACAACAAACGUCUCGCGGUGUGCCACAUUGCAUAUUUUUGCAAAUUCUUAAUAAGAUAUAUCAACGCGAUUCAUGAGCACUAUUCCUACAUAGCACCCACCCAGUUUAGUCAAAAACAUGCACGAAAUAUUUUAGAUGUAAUUUUUUUUAUUAGCUUAUUAUAGAAUGGUCAUACAACGAAAAUAAAACGGUCUUGUACAUAGAAAACAAA